AUGAUUGUCUGAACUGCACAGAUCAGAACCAGGUUUGGAACAAACUGGAUCCUAUAGAACUAUCUAUGAGUUGGACUAGUUUUUGAAGUGCUUUGAGAUGACAUCAUUCGUGGUUUAGUUCAACAUCACCAUCCUCAUUGUCCUGUUGAUCGCGCUCUCUGUCCUCCCAUUCUCCAGCUUCUGGACAGUUGUCAUGGUAACCGGGUUCCCGCCGCCGGUCGCGCGCUGCGCUGAGUCGUCGGGAUGGUGAGUCACCACGAACAGCGGUACCAGCCGUGACCGACACUGGAACCAGAACACCGAACCACUGGCACCGAAAGCGAGCCCACUGAGGUUCUGCCGGCCGCUGUCAGACUAAUCACAGCCAGGAUCCGCAGUGACGUCACACACAGGGGCUGUCGCGUUGACAUUUAUCAGGACACACUGUUGCUGCGCGUGAGGACACAGCUGCAUCCAGUUGAGCCACGACCGGUUCCGCCAGACCCAGCUGCUGGCUUUCCUUUCAGGCUACAGGAUCACAGAGACCGAAGCUGUUGAUGCUGAAGGCCAACAUGUUGCUGCAACCACAGGAAGCCUGUAGCAACCGAAGCAAGCUGAGCAACUGAAUCCCACAUGAAGAACCUCCAGAGACUGCAUCAUCUUCAUCAUCUCCACGGCCCAGCAGAUAGAUGUCUGGUUUCCUAGUUGAACGGACAGACGUCCUCCUCAGUCUGACUGAUCAGCUCACCUGGCCUCAGUCAGGUGAUCCGUUGUGUUAAAACCCACCCCCACCAUUCUUCAGGUCAAAACAACGACCAGUAACAUGAACCAGCUGAAGGAGGGAGAACUUUGCCAGGAGAAUGAAGGCAAGGUUCAGACCUGGGCUCAGUCUCUGGUCUACACUGUGGAGGAGCUGGAGUGUAAAAUCUGCUACAAUCGAUACAACACUCGGAGCAGGAAACCCAAACUGCUGGGCUGUCUGCACCGAGUCUGCGCCAAGUGUCUAAAGAAGAUGGUUGACAUGGGAGACUCUUCACCGACCAUCAUCAGCUGCCCGUUCUGCCGCCAUGAGACCUACGUCCCUGACGAGGAGGUGUGGUUGAUGGAGGAUGACCGGCACAUCAUGGCAGUUCUAUCCUGUCAGGAUGGUGCUCAGCAGGAAGGAGUAGCAGCAGGAAGAGUAGGAGAUUCAGAGGUGGUGUUGACUUCCACUGCUCUGAAAGGAGGAGGAGCAGGAGGAUGCGCAGACACCUCUCACCGUUCCUCAGAUUGUCUGGUUAUCACCAUCAUGGAGCUUCCAGAUGAUUCUCCAUCCUCUGACUCGAUGAGCAUGCUCAAUGUGGUGGGUCUUUACCGGCCUCCCAGCUUGGACUCUCUGCCCUGCAAUUUGCCAACUCAGAAAUGUCGUGUCUGGACAUCCCGCAGUUUUCCACGAUGCCUGCUGGGGGCGAUGUGUAUGGCAAUACCUGACCCAGUACAACAUAUGAACCAGUACAACAGUAUACUUCAGCUCGUUGCCACUGGGGAUCUACCUGCUAAUGAUUGGUCAGCUGUUUAUGGGCGUGGUACUUGUCAGUCUGGUUCCGUCCACACUGCUGCUGCUCGUCCUCUACGGAUUUUGUCAGUGCAUAUGUCAAGAGGUGAGGGAGGCAAUUGCUGCACGCAGCCUGCCAUGACAACAGUAUAGGCUGAUGUCAUGGCAACAAGGACAGUAUGUGCGGCCAUGAUGACAGGAACACCCGAUUUGGCCACACUGACGAUGACUGUGACAAUAACAUCAAAUCUUCAACAUCAAAUCCACACAACUGGAAGCAGAACCCUACCAUCAGACCUGAAUACUCAGCUGAUUACUCACCAGUAAGCUGAGACAUAAUGAAGGUCCUGUCCCUUUUCGAGCACCAGCACCACUUUGCCAAAACAGCCAAACAGAGAAGGAGCACGAAAUUUCUUCAUUACAGCCAUUUUUUUUAAAUCUUGAGUUGAUUGUCAGCUGAUCACCACAGACUGAUAACCAAUCAGUGGACAGGUAGAUGUUGAAUACAUCGUGUGGAGCUGGACAGGCUACAAACUCCUAAUAAUAUGUUGCUAAUAAUAUGCUGUAAAUACACGUUUAACAUUCUAUAUGUAAAUAUUUAAUUCUGUUCAUCAUUGCACCAUAACAGACAGUCGCAUCAACCACUAACUGCCACUCAGAGGCCCAGUUUAACAAAAAAACUAAACCUAGCUUAGCAAAUAGACUGGAAAUAGAGAAAACUAUUAAUUAGCGUAAUUAGCAUAAUUUAGCAAUAAAACUGGUAAUAAAGGAUGGUGUUUGGCUAACUUAGCACAAACACAAGAAGUUGUGGGAAAGACGUUAAGCCCAGUUUAACAAAAAGACUGUAAAACAGGUAAAGCAUUAGCCUAGCUUUGCACACCAAUGAUAAAGAGAGGGAAUCUAUUAGUCAAACUUAGCCAAAUUACUGAAAUGACAGAGAGAAAGAGUUAACUAAGCUUAUCACAUUGACUAGAAAAAGGACAGUGUAAGCCCAGCUUAGCACAAAGACAGGACACAAUGGGACGGUGUUGGUUUAGCCUCACAUAAACGCUAGAAUCAAGGGGAGUCUUAGCAUAAUUUCACAUAAAGAUUGUAAAUGAAAAGAAAGUAUUAACCUAUCUUUUAAAGACUGAAAAAAGAGUGACAGUAUGAGGCCAGCUUAGCAUAAAGCUGGUAAACAGAGUGAAAGUAUUAGGCUAGGAUAAAAUAAGGAAAUAGUAGGAAUGUAUUAGCCUAGCGUAGCAUAAAACUAGAAAUGAUGGCACAGACCGGAAAUUAACAGUGUUAGGUUAGCUUAGCACAGAGACAGGAAACAGUGGGAAAGUGUUAGCCUAACUUAGAAUAAAGCCUAACAAUGACAGUAAAGUGUUAGCGUUGUCUAGCAUAAAACUGUAAAGAGAGGGAAAGUGUUAAACUAGCUUAACAUAAAAACUGGAAAUAAAGGAUGGUCUCUGGCUAUGAUAGCACAAACACAGGAUACAGUGAAAAAGUGUUAGUUUAUCUUUGCAUAAAGACCGGAAAUGAAGAGAUAGAGUCAGUCUGGCUUAGAAUAAAAAACAAUUAAGCUAAAGUAUUAAUGAAAGUCUUGGCUUGGUUUAGCAUAAAGUCCAGAAAUGAUGGGAAAGUGUUAGCCUAGCUUAGCAUAAAGAGUGGCAGUAAUGUUAGCAUGAAGAAUUGAAGAGAAACUGUUAUCCACGACUAGAAAUAAAAUUAGAUUUUUGAAGUUCUUCUUUUCUCCUAGCAGGUUAGAUACUAAAUCCAGUUAUGUUCUCUCUGAUUCCAUCACUGUGUUAAAAUAGGCUGAAAGUUUACAUUGGUUUCCAGUUUUCUACUAAGCCCAUCUAACCAUCUGGAUGUUUCUGUGUCUGACUGAAGAGCAGCAGUUAAAAGUGCCAACAUUUGACCUGAUUACUUAGUAUAAAUCAUUUGGCAAUUUGGACCUUGUGUCACUUCCUAUCCGUGUUGCAUGCGGACUACAGACCUUUGCAGAAACAAAUAAAUGUAUUCGAGACAAAAAAAGUUUGAUUUGUUAAUUUGUUUUAGCUGCUGCUUGCCUGUUCGACCACAAUAUGAGUAAGUUUACUGAUGAAUUUACAGUCUUAGGCAAUACCUCAGCCACAUCUUUACCAAUAGUUGACUCAGCUGUACAGAACUCUUUGCCCUGUUUACAGUGUUCUCCUACAGGGAGAACGUUUCUAAAUCUGGUUGAUUUGGAUUCUGCAGAACACCAUAAACUGACAUUCUGUUAAAGAAUAAUCUCUGGUUUAUUCUGGUUGUAUAUAAAAAUUUAAUAAUUGCUUUAUUUAGAAUUGAUUUCCUGUUUCUGUUCCAGUAUUAAAUAGAAAACAUGAAUCCUC